AUGCUAACUCCGCCUAUUCAUACAUCCGGACGCAGUCUAUUGCUCUACUUUCAUUUCUUGCACAAGGCAAAACGCUCUCUUUCUCUCGCAAUGGCACGAGUUGGACGCGUCGGGUUCCUUGGAACUGCGAUCGUGUUCCAUGUGAUUUAUAUCUAUUCCAUUUUCGACAUCUACUUCGUGUCGCCAAUUGUACAUGGAAUGCGUGCAUACAAAGUCGAUACACCUGAACCACCCGCCAGGCGAUUGGUUCUCUUCGCAGGUGAUGGACUCCGAGCCGACAAGGCGUUCCAGUUCUUUCCCGACCCUUCAAGAUCAGCAAACGAUUCUUCUGCGCAGGAUGUUGUCCCCAUGGCCCCUUUUCUGCGCUCUCGAGUCCUUGAACAUGGCACUUUCGGCGUCUCUCACACCCGUGUCCCCACUGAAUCCCGGCCAGGUCAUGUCGCCCUCAUCGCUGGGUUGUACGAAGAUGUGGCAGCAGUAACGACAGGAUGGAAACUCAAUCCGGUUAACUUCGACAGCGUCUUCAAUAGAAGCCAUCAUACCUGGAGCUGGGGGAGUCCAGAUAUCCUACCAAUGUUUUCCACUGGUGCUGAACCAGGACGAGUCGAAGACCAGAUGUAUGAGGCUGAGUUUGAAGAUUAUAGUAAGGAUGCUACGGAGCUAGAUUACUGGGUCUUUGAUCGUGUUAAGAAGUUAUUUAAAGAUGCCGGUACAAACAAAGACUUGAAUGCGAGGCUAAGACAAGACAGGAUUGUGUUUUUCCUACAUUUACUGGGCUUGGAUACUACUGGACAUGCACAUCGACCAUAUUCACAGGAGUACUUGAGGAAUAUCCAAAUUGUGGACCAGGGCGUACGGGAGAUUACGGAUAUCAUUAAUCGGUUUUACGAUGAUGAUAAGACAGCUUUCAUUUUUACUGCAGACCAUGGGAUGAGUGAUUGGGGGAGUCACGGAGAUGGACACCCAGACAAUACUAGAACGCCCCUAAUUGCUUGGGGGUCUGGAGUUGCGAAGCCGAGGACGGCGAAGAGUGGCAAGGCGCCAGGUCAUGAAGAUGGCUUCUCGAGUGACUGGCAGCUGGAUCAUGUCUACCGCCAUGAUGUUGCUCAGGCAGACAUCGCGGCUCUUAUGGCGUACCUUGCCGGCCUGGAAUUUCCUGUCAAUUCUGUUGGAGAGCUUCCGUUAUCAUUUCUGGACGCUACUGAUGAGGAGAAAGCAAAGGCUCUGCUCGUUAAUGCGAAAGAGAUAUUGGAGAUGUAUCGUAUUAAGGAGCGCGAGAAGAUGGCUGAAGUUCUACAUUACAAGCCUUACCCUGGCUUUGCUGAAACUAGCAUCGAGAAUCGUCUCGCAUCCAUUGAGGAACUCAUCCAGGAACAAGAUUACACAGCCGCAAUACAACAAUCUGACGAUCUCAUCAAGAUUGCUUUGCAGGGCCUAAGGUACCUGCAGACCUAUGCAUGGCUAUUUCUGCGAACACUGGUUACAGCGGGCUAUCUUGGCUGGAUCGCAUUCUCUUUAACAACAGCCGUAGAUGUCUACGUGCUUGAUGGCAAGAUUGAGGUGCAGAGAUCACCGGGCCUCAUUGUCAGUUUUGUCUCGAUCCUGGUUGGGAUUUAUAGUCUGCUCGCUUUCCAAUCGUCACCGAUCACAUACUACGCAUACGCCUUCUUUCCAGUCUUGCUUUGGGAAGAGGUCUUUGCACGCUCGAGGGCAUUGGCCGAGGGCAGGAAGAAAUUAUUUUCGCAGUUUUCAAAGAGUGAUACAGUCAAGUUUGCAAUAAACACCGCUGCAUAUUUUGUCAAGACAAACUUCUUCCUCUGCGCUACAUGGGCAUUUUCUUGCGCAGCUAUGAGCGUCUUUACCCUUCUUCCAGCCAACAAACUAGAGAACAUAACUCUUAUUUCUGUCGGUGGUAUCCUAAUCUUUCUCGUUGGCUUUCUAUAUAUUGUGUUUGAAAGGAGACUAUUGGAGCGGACGGUGCUCUCAAGCGAUGGGCAGAGCGCAGUAGAUGCCAAUGGAGUGUCGAGAGUGAUUCUUGGUUUGCAAAUCGGACUGGUUGCUAUUUCAGUGUUUGUCACGAGGUCGAGUGUGUCUUCUCUGAAGGCGAAGCAGGGACUCCCGUUGGGGACACAGUUUGCUGGAUGGACUACACUGGUUACAUCUCUUGUGCUACCAUUUGCCCAUGUCUUGCGCCCACGAAAAGAUCACCUCCUCCGCCAAAUGAUCAUUUUCCUCGCACUUGGGCCGCUUUUCAUAAUUCUUACAAUCUCUUAUGAAGGGCUCUUUUACUUCGCUAUUUCUAUUACUCUCUUUAACUGGGUCCAACUUGAACACAGGAUACAUCGACGUUCUAAGAAUGGCAUUAGCAUUACGUCCGGCGCCCUGAGCUCCAAAACGGGCCUAGAAGAGGAAAUUUCAAUGCCGCUAGCAGCGAAGCAGGGAGAGAAGGCUGCCAUACAGGGGAACUACAGAAGUCUCGUCCUAUCAGAUGUAAGAGUCUGUUUGUUCUUCCUCUUCCUGCUUCAAUCCGCCUUUUUUAGCACCGGCAACAUCGCGUCAGUCUCUUCCUUCUCGUUGGACGCUGUCUACAGGUUAAUUCCCAUAUUUGAACCCUUUAGCCAAGCGGCUCUUCUCAUUUUCAAGAUCCUGGCUCCUUUCGCCCUGGUUUCUACUAACCUUGGAUUCCUGACUAAGAGAUUGAAGCUUCGAGGUGGGAGCCUGUUCACGGUUGUCAUGGGUAUAGGUGACUACAUGACCCUGCGCUUCUUCUGGGCCGUAAGAGACGAGGGGAGCUGGCUGGAAAUUGGCGAAAGUAUUAGCAUGUUUGUCAUUGCUUCUGCAUUGUGUGUUUUUGUUGCCGGAUUAGAGGCGUUGUCGGAGGUGUUUGUUAGAGGCGUGGAGUUUGAAGAUGAUAAGCAAGAGGGAGUUACAGGGACGGACGGGAUUUCCGUCGGUCUUGGCUCUGGCGGCCCAAUGAGAGAUCGUCGCUAA